CUCUUGUUACGCUGUCGUCGUCAUAUUUUUUUGUAUAUACCAUUGUCUGUGAGGCAGGCGAUAUCGUCAUUGCUCAAGAGCGAGAUGGACAAGGUCGUCGCUGCCGCAGAGAAGGAGCGUAAGGGCGAGAUGCUCAAGAAGUUCAAGCAGGUGGAGCGGCGCAGCGGCGGCCUGUGUAACCCGGACCUCCUCGAGAAUAUCGUUCGAUCCACCGGGGGAGAAGGUUCGGGAGAAUCAAGUCCCUCCGCUUCGAAAACGUCGAACCCCCCGCCGCCGUCGCCGCUGCCCCCUCGCAGCCCGGACCACAAAGGACAAGACGCGGCAAUCCGAGCGUUGAAUAGCCUCGUCGUUGUUGAUGUCGAGAAAGACGAGCGCGGCGGUGUCGCGGGUGUCGGCGGUAGCGGUGGCGGAGUAAGCAGCGGCGCUCAGGACGUCCCCUGGGCGGAGGACAUGCUGUGCCGCUCUGUCCGGAAGCGACACGCUGCUGUUCUGAAGACCAGGGGCAGGGCUCUGGCGAAGGGCCUGGCGAGGAUGCUCAAGGGGGUUUCGAACGACCUUAAAGGCGUUGCCUCGAGGCUUCCGCCCUGGGAAGAAUGCGAAGACGACGACGAAGACAAGCCAANGGGGGGGGGUGCCGAGCUCGAGAGAAUUAGGUCGCUGGGAAACAUAUUCUCGGCGCCCACCCAUGAGAGGAUCUACUCGCGGGGCGAGGUUUGCGUGCCCCUCACCCACGACAGGAGCCUCUCGCAAGGCAGCUGCGUGUCGGCAGUGACGUCCGAAGACGGGAACGAACGGCUGUCGCUGUCGUCAGACAACGCGCCCACCGCCGCAAGUACUAGCUCGAACAGUAGCGCGGCGAUUAGAUCGCCGGUGGCGGCAAUGGCGGCGGCUGUGGCGGCGGUAGUAAGCCCUGACUCUGAUGCGGUUCCGGCGGCGGUACCCGGCGGCGGCGCAACUAGCAGCAGCGGUGGGGCGGGCGGGGGCGCCGCGGAUUGCGUCAAUAGCCGCCGCCAGGACUGGAAGCUGAGCGCUCAGGAGCUGUCCCUCAUCAAGAAGGAGGAGGAAAGGGUCAUGAAGCCGGACGUGCUGACGACGCUGCUUGCCAAGGGGGCGAGCCUUGGAUGUCUCCAGCAAGCCGACUUCUGGGACGUAUUUGCAAGGCUUGAGGUUGCGACACGAACCGAGGCGCUGCUCAACAUCGCUAUCAGAGGGGGAAGGGGUUGCGCGGCAAGGUCUGGGCGGAUGGGGCGCGAGCUGUGCAUCAACCUGACGUCCGUGGUUCUCGAGGCUCUCAACGCCGUCGAGCAAGCUCAACGCAAGGCGCAACUGCACUCCACGCCUACCACGCCCACCCCACAGCAGCAGCAGCAGCAGCAGCAGCAGCAGCGACAGCGGACACCCAGCAGCGGCAAUAUGAGUGGGGGCGGCGGCUCGGAAGGCAAGGCGGCGGAGACAAGGCCGCGUCCGUCUUCCGCGCGUCUCUCUAGAGGGUCGAACUUUGGUCUAGAGGCCGAGAUGGACAACGGGGGCCCGGCGCGCGCGAGGGCGGGGUCGGUCGGGAUGCUAGCGGUAAGGCGCGUGGUGAAGGGAGAGAGCGUGGCAGGGAAGUCGAGGGUGUUCUACAAGGAAGACCCCGGUUUGAAGGACUUGGACCGGCGUGAGGAGGAGUUCCGAAAGGCGAUCUACGUGAACCGCAGGGCCCUGGCAACCAGGCUCAUGCGCUUGACCCGCGACGCGCCGCUCUGCUCUCGAGUCCUGGGGACGUUUGUGGACGACACCCAGAUGGCCAGCACGCCCACCAAGGCUAGCAAACCCCAAACCAGUCCCCGGAGCACCGGGCUGAGGACACCUCAGCGGCGCGUGGCUCCGGAGAAUGAAUCAUCGCGGUUUGCGACCUCGCCGGGAAAGACUGCAGAGGAGGUGGACACGGGCGUGAGGAAAUCUUCGUCAGUCCGAGAGAGAGGGGCAGGGAGAGGCGGUGACGCCCCGGGCGCUGCGGCAGCCGCCGUCGAUCUUCUCACUGGCGACGUCGCCGUCGGCAGAGAGGAGUCAAGCUGCGCCGCCGACCGGGGCUCUACUGAGUCGCACCCUUCCUCCUCGGGUUCGGUGACCAGCACCAACACGGAGCCGCUCUCGGAGGGGACUGAAGACAGCGACAACGCGCCGGCCUCGAGGUCGCCUUCACGGCAACAGCGAAAGCAGCAGCAGGAGGGGCAGCACGAGAAGAAGGUGGCGGUGGACCAAGCUCCCGUGGCGGAGAUUUCACAGGUCUCCGACGAAUCGGUCGAGGUCGAAACCCUGCUCGUGUGAGCGAGCAGCAGCUCCUUCGAACGAGGCUUGACACGACGGCCGUGAACACCCGGCCAAGGGCUUAACCGAGCCCGCAUCAAGUCUGUCUCCCAUGAGUAAACCAGGCGCCCAUGGUUUUGCCCACAGAGGCGUUGUGUUUCCACGGAAGGAUAGAGCGAAUGAGAAGAAAGCGAUCGGGAACCGGGUACCGACUUCAAACCGUUUUAGAAUGACGGAUGUUUUGGUCGCGAUGGUUUUAUGGCUUUCGACUGCUGUAUAUGUAUGUCGUUCCGUUUUCGUUGAAGCUGCUGAUAGUCGUCGAAGAGGUUGGUUAUGUUGGGCGUAAUGCGACAGAAUGUCAGGGAUCAUUAUUGCUACAUGCUCGCUUUGGGAGAGGCCCCAAACGUUUUGGGCCGAAAAGCGUUUGGUUUGUAUUGCCACCUUUAAAUUCAUUCAAGCAACAACGCUUGCAGAGCUCGUAGUAGUCGUCAGGAUACCCCAUAGGCGAUUCUUGUUGUGCACCAAAAUCGUGCGGCGGGAGAGGGCUCUGUCUCCGAGCCUCCGCGGCGUUCGUAUUCUGUCUCUGCACGAGGGGGAUCUUUGAGCCAACUGCUAACCCGUCCGGGUUCUGAGUACCCACCAACCGCACUUUCUUUUUUCAUUUUGUUUCAGGCGGUCGCUGUGGUCAUUCACCUCAAGCGUUAUUUUCUUCAAUUUGUGCGCAACACAUGCGAUAUCUUGGCGCUGUAUUGUGUGUUUGGGACAAUGAAUUCGCGCUCCCGCGUCGAUGCAGAAGCUUGGGGACCUUCGGUGUUCGAGAAAUCGAAUGUUGAAGCCGGAUGUUUUUGUUAAGGUCUGGGUACGGAAGGUGCGGGGGGGGGUGGAGGGAGUGGUGCGAGUAAAAGCAAAGUGUUUUGGCAGGAUGAAUCGGCUAGACAACAUGUCUGCAGUGGAUGCAUAUAUCAGAGUAUAUAGUCGUUGGAUGGAGAGGGUCGGACGGGGAUCUGAUCGGCUGCUUGAUGUGGUAUGUAGCAGUUCAUUAGUCUUGCUGGCGCAGCAAGGACCACACUACAGGGCGGCAGUUGUUUGAUAGCAGUCUUCAAGUGCGUGUGCACAAAUCGAGUUGGCUUGAGAGUACUUCCGGUUUUGUCUGUUUUUGUGUCUGUUGCGUUUGUUCGAUUGGUGCUCCUGGUAGUUCUUGCAGGUCCAUCCCUCCAGCGUCGCCUUGUGUUCUCUAAUGUAUUGUUUUGCUUUUGUUUUGAAGUGUCGCAUCUGAUGUACAGCAGUAGAAGGUGUGCACGACAUGGUGUUCGAUCAAGUAGCGCCAUCACCUAGGGCAGGUUGGGCUAAAGCAGGGGGGGUAGAGCUAGGGAGGCAGCAUUCGGAUACGUUAUCCCCGUUUUGGAUUUGUUCAACACGAGUUGGGGUGCAAGAACAUGAGGAACUACACUCAAGUCCUCCAUGUAGUAUGUAGUCGUGGCCAUGGUGGCAAGAGAAGCAUGCGCGGGGAUUUUUGACUACAAUCGCGUUCUAUUCAAGGGAGCGAGCUCUGUUCGUUGGUGAAGUCGUGUAGGGCACCGUUUGUACCUCGUACAUUUGCAUUUUUUGUCCUUCGUUGUCCGGCGCUCGUGUCAUUGGCAGGAAGGCUUGUCCCUCGACUAGUCUCUCUUGGUCCCAAGACGGAGCAUGUUCUUUCUUGCGUCAUCAAACAUGGAUUUGUUGUGUCGUAGCGCUUCUAUUCCUGUCGUUGUUCCGUCUCUCUGAAUCCUUCUCGAAGUACGGUUGAGCGAGCUCGCGCCAGCUUCGAUCCUGCACAACGUUCAUUGUUGUUGGUUCUUUUCAUCCCAAGUACCAGACUCUCUCAGUA